AUGAAUCAAUCAACGAAUCAAAGUCAAAAACCUCAGAUUCAAACAAGGCGUCCAAUAUCCAAUUAUGAAUACUUAGAUCCAACUCGAGAAGAUGAUUCGAUAGUGGAUGGUUUUCGUUAUAAAUCUGGUCGUCGAUAUCAUUUUCUUGACGGUGUAAAAUAUCCUCUGCCUUGUGAUACUGAAGAAACCUAUCGCUUAAAAUUAAAUUAUUCUAUUUCAAGAUAUUGCUGGAAAGGUAAUAUUUUCUAUUCACCCCUGGAAAAUGAAUUGGCCAAGGGUGGCAUGAGAGUUUUGGAUGAUCAACAACCUUCAAAUGUGGGUUUCUUACAAUGUAACAUACAUGAUGGUUUGCCAUUUCCUGACGAUACCUUCGAUUUCGUAUUUAUGUCUCAUAUGUUUACUUCAAUAACUGAAAGUCAAUGGCAAAAUGUUGUAGAUGAUUUAGUUAGGGUGGCAAAGCCGGGUGGUUGGAUUGAAUUAAUGGAAAGUGACUAUAUAAACCCUACUUUUGGUCCUGUAAACCGUGAGAUUCAAAAUCAAGACACUAUGCUUUUGAUUUCAAGAGGAAUAAAUAUGAAUAUUGGUCCUAGUGUUUAUAAAUAUUUCGAAAAUAUUGAUGAACUCGAGGAUGAAAUAUUCACUGGUCAAACUGUUACUCCUCUUGGUAAUGGAACUGUUGGAGAAUUGGCUUCUCACUUUGCAGUUCGAUUACAUGAAUAUAUGGGUAUAUCAACACAAGAACUUGAAGAAAAGUUUAAAAUAUGUCAAAAGGAAAUGGAAGAAUAUAAUACUGUUCUUAAUAUUCAUAGAUUUUAUGUUCAGAAAAAAAUUUGUACUGAAAAAAGCGAGGAUUCGUGGUAA